CUAUUACUUCCGGUUCAUAUUUAGUUUGACUUUUUCAUCUAUUUCAGGAACUUAACGAGUCACUUUCAUUGGUAGUCGGAUUCAUUUCGUAUCAGACUGACUAGUUCAAGUUGUAUCUGCGUGAUACCGAUUUAUUGGUCUUAAUUUAACAGUAAAAUUCACCUGAAAUCCAGCGGAAACUACCUUAAUUAGCUUAUGGCUCCUCUCCGGCUUCUGUGUGUUCACGGUUACCGUCAGAACGGAAACUCGUUCGGUGAAAAGACCGGAGCUCUGAGGAAGCUUCUGAAGAAACAAGUGGAGCUGGUUUAUGUGAACGCACCGCUGUCUGUGCAGCAAGAGAGCGCUGGAGAGGUUCCAAACAAAGAAAACGAUUCCGUUUCGGGGUCUGGAAGCGACAAGGAUCUGAGGGGCUGGUGGUUUUCUGACAUCCAGGCUAAGAGUUUCAAUGCUCAGCAGCAGUGUGAGGAGAGUCUUGGCCUUGAUGAGAGCGUGGCAGCUGUGAGGGAAGCAGUGAAGGUCCAAGGCCCAUUUGACGGCAUCCUAGGCUUCAGUCAGGGAGCAGCGUUUGUGGCUAUGCUCUGCGCCCUUCAGGAGAAAAAACUAGAACCAGAGUUCAGCUUCCGCUUUGCUGUUCUUGUUGCUGGUUUCCGCAGCGCCUGCAAGGAGCACCAAAGAUUCUACGACACUCCCCUUCAAACCCCAUCCCUGCAUGUGUUUGGACUGGAGGACAAAGUGAUACCUGACAGCAUGAGUAGGGAGCUUCUCCCCUGCUUUCAGGAUUCUCAAGUCCUUAUUCAUCCUGGUGGUCAUUUUGUUCCUGCUGCAUCUGUUCACAGACAAACAUAUCAGGACUUUCUGAAAAGGUUUUCGUGAGAAUUUAAAACCUAAACAGAGUCAGGGUAUUUUAGCAUCACAGCACUGUUCAGGUGCUUAAUUUAAAUGAUUUCUGUGUGAAUAUUUUUUCAGAUUUUUCAUUCGAUCCAUCCAAAAUGUUUAUUAUGACUCAUUCUCAGGAAAAUAGAUAUUGUAUCAAACAAUAAAUAAUUGUAUUUGA